UCGUACUUGAUGUUUAUGAUUACUUGAUAAUAAUAUGUUAUCUCUGCAUAAUAUAAUAAAUAGUAUCAGCAGUUAUAUAUUUAUAUCGCUAUUCGUUGUGGGAAAUAUGACUGAGGGCAGAGAUAAACUCGAAGAAAUACUGAAGUCAUUGUCAAUCACAACAACUGUAUUUGAACACCCUGAGGUCUUCACAGUUGAAGCUAUGAUGCCACAUCUUCAAGAUUGCAAAGGGCUGAUUGUGAAAAAUUUAUUCCUGAAGGGGAAGAAAAAGAAAGAUCUUUGGCUGAUAACUGUUGGUCAUGACAAGGAAAUUAAUCUGGCCCAACUGGGGAAAGACCUUUCAGUUCCUGGUGGGUUCAGGUUUGCAGAUGAGGCCAUUCUGGAGGAAAAACUUGGCGUAAAACAAGGUUGUGUCACGCCUUUAGCCUUGAUGAAUGACAAAAACCAUGAUGUUAAACUUGUGCUUGAUGAGGAUAUUCAACAUCUCUCAGAAGGUGAACUUAUAUAUUCACAUCCCAUAGUCAAUUCCGCUACCAUGGGAAUGUCAUACCCAGAUUUUUCCAAGUUCCUUGAACACACUGGUCACAAGCCAAAUUUUAUUGAACUCUCAAAAGCAGGGGCUAAAUAAUCAACGAAAGGAAGAAACGCAAUUGAACUAAAUGUAACAUAUUAUUGUAUCAAGGCCUUGUAGGGAAUCGCUUUUGAUUGGUACUGGGUAUUUCGUACAGUCCCAAUGGCAAGAUAUGGCCGAGCCUGUCUGGUGAUCUUAAUUUGUCUGCCCUAAUUUUGCUUGAGAGUUUAUUGAACAUAUCGUGAACGGCGCUUGCCUAAAAUAUCCCUAAAAGCGA